AUGGAUGCUACUAGGCGACUGAUGCUGGCCCAUUCAACACUCGCUUUGGUCAUGACUUCAGCGUCGACCUGUACGGGCGUUAGCCCUCUAGCUCGUCGUUUUGAUCUGGUUAACGUCGGCCUCGACGUAAUUAAAAAGGCCCUUACACUUACUGUUCCCGGCGGUCAAUCAAGUGGUCCCAUCUCUGUUGCUCAGGUUGCGACAAGCUAUAGCGACAUUCUUUACGGCUCAGUCCGCACUGUCGCCAAGAUUUCCGACGUUCCCGGGACUACUCAUAGCUUUAUUUUCUACGCCAACGAUACCCAAGAAGUUAACUUUGCCUUUUUGACUUCGGAUGUCUCUAAGGCUUAG